AUGAACCAUCUCACCGACCGCCCGGAGUGGUAUGCUGAUAUAUUCAACGAGGAGGUUGUCGCGGACUGGUGCAAAGAGGUCUUUGCCACAACCCCUCUGAUGGGCGAAAUGACGUGGGUCUGGUGCGUAAAGGAACUCCGAGAUAAAUCUCUCUAUUUCCGUGAGAAUCAACAUGUUCGGGUGCUUGACACAGCAUCCUGCGCGUACAAAUCGGAUACCACAACUCCGACCUCUCUAGACAAGUUGUUCAGGGGGCCAGUUCCUUCCAUGCUUGAGCAGGAGCAGGAGCAGGACAAUCCGGAUUUGCAGUCUAGCCGGAUAUUCAAUCUCAUCAAUCCGUUGUUAUUAUCCUUGGUUUACGGACGAAGUCUGGUCUUAGAAGAUGGAGGGAAAGUGGACCUACAUAGCAUGUUUGGCUCCUACGGUAAUGCCACAACCACGCCAAAACAUUUCGAUAGAUGGGUGGACUCCCAGGAUUUGCGGAAGGAGAUAGAUACAUUUGGCCAUCAGAGUACGGGAGUGAUGUCUGGUCAUUUCAAAUCAAAGGAGUAG